AUGCCUUGGCAACAGCUUGUCGAACAUACGCAUCUGGAUCCUCCCCACGGAAGCAAUAGUUGUGAGCUGCCGUGCCCUUACUUUGGUCAAAGUGCCACCAUCGAACGAUGGUCUAGGGCGGCAGAGAAGCCGGCCGGCGUAUCUGUGAUGCCAACCAGGGCUGAAGAGGUAGCCAUUGCGGUCAAAUACGCAACCGAGCAUGGUCUCAAUCUGGCUGUGAAGGGUGGCGGUCACUCGACCUCUGGUGCCAGCAGCACCGACGGAGGUGUUCUCAUCAAUCUUGGAAAGAUGCGGCAGGUCAACGUCGACGUCGACAACAAGCUCCUACACGUCCAAGGCGGCGCUCUCUGGCACGAUGUCGAUCAAGCCGCGUGGAAGCAUGGACUCGCCACUGUCGGCGGCACCGUCGCAGACACCGGUGUCGGUGGACUGACUCUCGGUGGCGGCUACGGUCACCUCACCGGAAAGUACGGCCUGGUGUUCGACAACGUCGUAAGUUGCACCGUCGUCCUCGCAAGCGGCGAAAUUGUCAAAGCAAGUGAGAGUGAGAACCCAGACCUCUUCUGGGCGCUCGGUGGAGCAGGCCAAAACUUCGGCGUGACAGUCGAAUUCGUCUUCAAGGCCUAUCCACCAGGAGAAAUGUUCACUGGCAUGUUAGCCUUCCCACCCACGCCCGAUGUGAUCGAGGAGAUAGCGGCCGCGGGGAACGAGCUGUACCAGGUUCGAGAUGGACCGCAAGGCCCGGAGACGAGGGCGCAGGGCAGGUGCGGCUCUCUUGUCGUCCUGGCUAAGCCACCUGAUGCUGGAGGACAGACGAUGAUCCUGGCUUUGCAUGCUUUCAAUGGGACGGAAGAAGAGGGUCGAAAGCUGCUCAAGCCAUUCUUUGACAUCGGGCCGGUCGUGAAUACGAUGGCGAUGCAGCCAUAUCCGACUGUCAACAACCUCGUCCCUGCCGUUAUAGGAGCUCGCAGCAGCAUGAAGGGAGCCGCUUUCAUGCUACCAAUCCGGGCUGGUUUCAUGUCCGAGGUCAUGACCAAGUACGAUGAGUUCGUGUCUUCCAAUGAAGAUGCAGCACAUAGUCUGGUCGCCUGGGAGCUAUACGAUUCGGUAAAGGUCACAUCACUCGACAAUGGAAGCUACGCCAACCGGGGCUAUCAUCUCAACGGUCUCGUCAUGCCGACGUGGUUCAAGCAAGAGAACGACGCGGUCUGCCGACAGUGGGCUCGUGAUAUCAGCGAGAUGUGGAAGACUGAAUUGCAAAAGCAAGGUGAAGAGACUGGCGAGGGCGUCGACGGUGGUAUUGGGAGGCGAGGUCACAAGGGCGCUGUUAUGCUUUAUGGCAAUUAUGAUGAGAGUGACAUGACCAAGCGCGGGAUAGACAUCUUUGGAGAGAACUAUGAGAGGUUGCAGCAGCUCAAGGCGAAGUAUGACCCGAGCAAUAUGUUUGACAAGCUGUUUGCUAUCACGCCGGCGCCUGCAAAGCUGUAG